AUGUCGACGCACGGCCUAUUCAUCACUCUCCUGGCACUUCAGGGCGCAGUGAUAGUUUCAGCUCAGGGCUCCCAAUCUAUCGAGAAAGUAUGGGGAGUCUUUGCAUUUACUGUCUACGGAGACAGCAAGCCCGGUGCGCUCACAAGCUCUAGAACUUUGACCGACUAUGGAGCCAACGAACUCUCUACCGCAGCAUCGGACUUUCGUUCUCGUUAUGUAUCUGGAGGCUCUGAUACUUGGGUCCAAAACAUAUCCCCAAUCAUUUUGGACUCAAAAGAUGUGAACGUGCUCUCGACAACGGAUCAGAACAUUAUUGGCUCCGCCCAAGCAUUCAUGCAGGGUCUAUACCCACCACUCGGCUUAAUGAACAUACCGAGUGGCCAGAUUGCGAACGGAUCGUUUGCACAGGCGCCAUUGAACGGUUACCAAUAUCCUCGGAUUGUCACUGUCGGCGAGGCGGACCCUCAAUCUAUUUUAAUUGAAGGUCACGCAAUGUGCGGCAUGUAUGAUGCCGCCGAGGGCGAAUACCGUGCCAGCGACGAAGUCCAGGAUAUCACACGAGAUACAGAAGCUUUUUACAGAAAACUGUGGAGACUAGCAUUGUCUGGAGUCUACGAUGAAUCGUCUGCAACUUACACGAAUGCUGUUCCAAUCUCACAAUAUUUGGAUUAUGAAGUUGUGCAUAAUGACAGCGUGUUUGAAAGUCUAAACCACGCCGACAUUCUUCAUGCCCGCUCGCUAGCGGACCAGUACGUAUGGAGCACAAACAGCCAACAAUCAUCUUCCAGCGGGUCCUUGAUCAGAGUUGUCAGUCCAAUUGCGGGGCAGACAUUAGCAUCGAGUAUUCUCGAAGCCUUCGACCUGAACAUCCAAGAAGGUGGAACCCGGCAGAAGAUGACCCUGUUGUUCGGUGGCGAUGAGCCAGCAGUUGCCCUGUCAUCUUUGGUGGGACUCGCAAACCAGCAUCAACCAAACUUCUUCUCCCGCCUGGUACGAGGUGGCUCGUUCGUGUUCGAGCUGUACAGCUUCGAAGACAGUAGCGACGUGCAUCCAUCCUACCCGGGAAUCGACAAUUUAUUUGUUAGAUUUUUGCUUCACAAUGGGACCGACAACACCACCGACUUCCAGGCGUAUUCCCUCUUUGGACACAGUCCCAGUCGUGCCUCAAUCCCAUAUACUGAGUUCCACUCCGAGCUCGAAACAUUUACCGUGGCCUCAACUCAGGAAUGGUGCCUCCGCUGUAACGCUGAAACUGUUUUCUGCAAUGGAGUGUUAGAUCAAAGUGAAUCUCAGCCAAAGAAGAACAAAGGUAUGGCUCCCGGUGUAGCCGGAGUCAUUGGCGCUGUUAUAACGCUUGCGGUCAUUGGAAUCACAUCAGUCAUUGCAUUCCUCAUAUAUCGAGCUCGCAAGGGAAGCAGCCCCAAGAAAGGAAGCUUGGGUGGGUUCAAAGGCCCUGGAAAAUAUGCCAGUGAUACUGAUGUGUCGUUCAAUAACCCAAUAUGGAGAAACUCCAAGACCAACGACACGCAACCAUCUAGUGGUCUCGCCGCUGGAGUAGAAGUUGCUGUACAGGGCCAUGAACGUACUGGAAGUUGGGAGAUGGGCCAAGGGAAAGGGGAGAUUGAGAGUGUCCAGCGCGAUGUGUUGGAGGGAAGAUCGCCUUUUGAGCAUGAAGAGGACUGGGUUGUACACAGUGGUCUAAAACCUGUGAAAAUCCGUGAGAGCGUAUAG